AUGAAUUCUCUGUUAGCACUGCUUGUGGCCACCGUUGCCGUAAUAGGCGCAGACGCGUGUCACUGCACAAAGGAAUGGGACCCUGUAUGUGGCCGUGAUGGUAAUACGUAUGGAAACAUGUGCGAAUUGAGAUGCGCCGGCGUUCGUCGUCAAUCCCGCGGGGAAUGCCCGUGCGUAUGCGGCGCAAAUUUCGACCCUGUAUGUGCCGAAGAUGCCGUCACGUAUGGCAACGAGUGCAUUAUGAAAUGCAUGGGGGUUAGCCUAAAAUCGCGGGGAGAAUGCCCAAAGACAGAUUGUCCGUGUCCCAAAAUUAUGGCGCCUGUAUGCGGUAAAGACGGCUUGACGUACGACAACGCAUGUCUUAUGAGAUGCAAGUAA